AUGGACUCCAGACUAGUUCUGUUGAUUCAAAUUAUAAUUUACAAUCGUUCCCUACAGCGUAGCUCCUUGAUAGCCAAUCCUAGGCAGCGGGAGCGUCUCAUUGAUCUGAUUCGCCGUCUUGCGGAGGACGAUGUAACCGGUCAAAUGGCCAAUAAGUCACUCCACUUGCUAUGGCAGCUAGCGACUUCAGGUGCAGCCCAAGGAACAACGGACUCUGUACGGCUAAGCAAUACCCCCACUCCAGCUACGCUCGCUUCUCCCGAGAUUGUAGAGCUGGCACUUGCAGCACAAUGUAAAAUUCUGGAAACGGAUACCUCUGAGCAAGUGGACUCGAACAAAUUGGACUGGCUACUUCGUCUUUUAAGCAUAUUGAAACUGGCAGAUCCCGAUGAUACAAGCGUGAUUCCAGCUAUUAAGCAGAUAAUUAACAUCUGCUCUCUUUUUCGCAACUCGGUUCGUUAA